CAGGAAAACUAAGAAGAUUCCAUUGAAGCUAAAGAAACUAAAAAAUGUUGCUGGUGACUUUGAUUGCUGAGAUGAUGAAGGAGUACACGGUGGUUCUCGCCGGAGUUGUGGAGCAUCUUUUUUCUCAGGCGCCUUUUCCGAGAAGAAUCCGACUUCAUAUUUUAUACUCUCUUCCUUUCCAUAGUUCCAAUACCUCUCUCCCUCUUCUUCUUCCUUCCCCUCCUCCUUAUUCUCGUUCUUCUUGAUGUUUCUUUUCUUGCUUACUUUGUGAUUUUUCUUUGAGUUGAAAGCUUUUGUGUAAAUAAGAUCUUUAGCAAAAGGUAAUAGAAAAAAUGUUACAGAGCUUUGUUUUAUGAUUUUCUUUUGUUGUUCAAAAAGAAGUUUUUUUUUAUUGAUUUGAAAACAUUAUUCAAAUUUGUAACGUUUUGGUUUGGAGGUGAAAGUUCUCAUCAUCGUAUUCGUAGAGUUGAGUAGAAGGCUCUAUUUUUCCGACGUAUCUUCUUAGUAAAGAAUAGAUGAGAGACACCAUUUCCUUUAGAACCUCUAAAAUCUCGAGUUAUGUGAUUCUGAAAUCAAGAACCAAAAGACAAAAGAAAAAAAAAACUGUUUACUCGGUUCAAUUUGUCUCUUUCCGGUCGAGCCACUCAAACCAUAUCAAUUUUGAGAAUGAUUUACUUCCCUUUGGUGUUAGAGAAUGAUUUACUUCCCUGUAGUUUAUUGGACUUAAUGGUAGUUGUAUUAUUUUUUUGAAGCUUAAUUGGUAAGUUAGAUGAAAGUUUUGAAUGUGAGAUUUUUUCUUCGAGACUUUUCUAAGAUUUUAUUAUUAAUCUUCUGUUUGAAAUAAGGGUCUCAUUUUUUGAGAUUAUUCAUAUUUAUCUGAAUAGUCUCAUUUCUCAUCUGAAUUUAUUUUUAGUAAUUUUUUGGCAGUUCUAGUAGGUAAUAUCUAUCAUUUCUUUCUCAACUCAACAAAACCAUCUUCAAUAUUAAUACCGAGUACAAAGUGUUUGCUUCUCCGUGUCUAAAAUUGACUUAAGCCACAAGGGAGUACUACUAUCCAAGGUACAUAGGAAAAUACAUGGCUCUCUUAGCACAUUGGCUAUCUUGUUAUCCUCUAAAAGGAAUAAGUUGGUCCAAAAUCAUCUACUUGUAGUUCCAACUUCCAAGCCUCCAUGUGAGUAAAUGUAAUCUUAUUACUUAUCUUCAAACACUCUCAAAUCUUACUUUUUCAACACCCAAAUUGUCUAAACAUUACACACGAGACCACGAUAAUGUC